GCGGCCAGGUUGGCGGAGGCCCCCGGCAGGCUGCAGAUUCCCUCCGGCCCCGGGAGCCUCAGCAGGACCGGCCAGGAGGCGCCACGGAGGGGAGCCCCAUCCCGGUGCUGACAGUGCCCACCGCGCCCUACGAGGACCAGCGGCCGGCCGGCGGCGGGGGUCUGCGGCGACCUACCGGCCUCUUCGAGGGCCAGCGCAACUACCUGCCCGACUUUAUCCAGAGCGUGCUGUCGUCCAUCGACCUGCGCGACCGUCGGGGCUGCACCACGGUGGUGGGCAGCGACGGCAGGUACUUUAGCAGGACGGCCAUCGAGAUCGUGGUGCAGAUGGCUGCGGCCAACGGGGUGUCCAUUCUUCAUCGGAAUCUUCUGUGUCAUCCACCUGGAGUUUGAUGGCCUGCCUUCGGUGACACAUGAAAGCUGGUCAAGUGGCUCUGAGACCUGAAAAGAAGCAAAAAAUUUUGCUCUGAAAUGGAAGAGCUGGGAGGAGGAACAAAGGGCAGUGGCAAUGGAAAGCACCACAAAGCCAGUGCUGCUCAGUCUGAUGAGCUGGGAGAGUCUUGAACAAGGUCAAGAUGUGACCUCUGCAUGUUCUGGGAGGUGAUCUCUGAUGAACAUGCCAUCGACUCCGCUGGCACCUACCACGGGGACAGCCACCUGCAGCUGGAGCGCAUCAACGUGUACUACAAUGAGGCCAGCGGUGGCAGGUACGUGCCCCGCGCUGUGCUCGUGGAUCUGGAGCCGGGCACCAUGGACUCUGUGCGCUCGGGGCCCUUCGGGCAGGUCUUCAGGCCAGACAACUUCAUUUCCGGUCAGUGUGGGGCCGGAAACAACUGGGCCAAGGGACGCUACACAGAAGGCGCGGAGCUGAUGGAGUCAGUGAUGGACGUUGUCAGAAAGGAGGCUGAGAGCUGUGACUGCCUGCAGGGUUUCCAGCUGACCCAUUCCCUGGGUGGGGGGACUGGGUCUGGGAUGGGUACCCUUCUGCUCAGUAAGAUCCGGGAGGAGUACCCAGACAGGAUCAUAAACACAUUCAGCAUCCUGCCCUCGCCCAAGGUGUCAGACACCGUGGUGGAUCCCUACAACGCCACCCUCUCAGUCCACCAGCUCAUAGAAAACGUGGAUGAGACCUUUUGCAUAGAUAACGAAGCGCUAUAUGACAUAUGUUCCAGGACCCUAAAACUGCCCACACCCACCUAUGGUGACCUGAACCACCUGGUGUCUGCUACCAUGAGUGGGGUCACCACAUGCCUGCGCUUCCCAGGCCAGCUGAAUGCUGACCUGCGGAAGCUGGCCAUGAACAUGGCCCCAUUUCCCCAGCUACAUUUCUUCAUGCCCGGCUUUGCCCCACUGACCAGCCAGGGCAGCCAGCAGUACCGGGCCUUGACUGUGGCUGAGCUUACCCAGCAGAUGUUUGAUGCUAAGAACAUGAUGGCUGCCUGUGACCCCCGUCACGGCCGCUACCUAAUGGCAGCUGCCAUUUUCAGGGGUCGCAUGCCCAUGAGGGAGGUGGAUGAACAAAUGUUCAACAUUCAAGAUAAGAACAGCAGCUACUUUGCUGACUGGUUCCCCGACAACGUAAAAACAGCCGUCUGUGACAUCCCACCCCGGGGGCUAAAAAUGUCAACCACCUUCAUUGGGAAUAAUACGGCCAUCCAGUAACUCUUCACGUGUGUCUCAGAGCAGUUUACAGCAAUGUUCAGGCGCAAGGCCUUCCUCCACUGGUACACGGGCGAGGGCAUGGAUGAGAUGGAAUUCACCGAGGCCGAGAGCAACGUGAACGACCUGGUGUCUGAAUAUCAGCAAUAUCAGGAUGCCACGGCGGAGGAGGAGGAGGAUGAGGAGUGUGCUGAGGAGGAGGUGGCCUAGAACUCUCCUUUUCUAGGUCUGCUGUGGUUUUCUGGGGGUCCACUCUGGACCCUGGUCACCUCAGUCUCUCCUGCACCUGGAGGUAUCACCAGUGAAGGCUGCGAAACAGCAAAGAUCGCAGCCUGUUCCUUCCUCUGGAAGCACCAGUCCAAGGAGGUACCGACUUGAUGCCAGCUGGAACUCUCCUGUAGGAGGUGUCUGGAGACCCCUGUUGGGAGGUCUUGCCCAGUUAGGAGGAACAGAAUCAGGGACUGCUUAAAGAAGCAGUCUGGCUGCCCUUUGGCAGAGCAGGUGUGCUGUGGUGACUGCCAGGAGUCUCCAGAGCCAGCAGGCUGGAAAGGCUCAGUCGGCUGAACUGGGGAGACAGCAGCUACCCCUCUCCCUGGGGACUUCAUCCCAGGGAGAAAUCAGAGUUCUGUCCAUAGAACUCUGGCUGGAGUUGCUAAAAUUCCGAUGGGGAGGCCCUGUCCGGUGAGGAGGGAUGGAUUUCGGUCUCACUUAAAGAAGCAGCCUGGCCACGAUCAGGCACAGCAGCUGUGCUGUGUUAUGGGGGACUCCUCCUGGUCCCUGGUGCCAGCAGGCUAGAGCGGCCAACUCAAACCACAGAUAGAGUGGCUGCCCUCCCCCGGGAACUCGGUCCAUCUCCGGCUGUCUCCAGCCUGCUGCCAUUGGCCAGCUGGAAUUCCAAGCCAAUGGGACUUGUGAGGUGCUGUGGGAGUGGGGCCUCAGAAUGAUGUCACUUGGCUCCCUGGAUUCAGCCCCCUUCCUAGGGGAAUGCACAGAUGUAUCUCCCGCUUUGCUGGAAUUUUCGGGGCAGAGGAUGCAAAACUCCUGGGCUUUCACGCAUGCCCCAGUGAGCCAGCGAGCAUUCCGCCGAGACUCCACACAGCUCUGUGCUUCAGACCCAAGGCCAUGGCUGAGCUCACCAGGGGACCUCCUGAUCUGCAGGUUGCAAAGAUCCGUGGGAGAAGCAUGGUUUCCCGGGCAGAGUCGCACAAUCACUCACCGCCUCCCUUGGCUGCGAGUAGGGGCUCCCCUAGCUCCGUGCCACACCUGGGUGGGCCAUCGCCCCACUUGCUUUUCCUCACUGCCUGUGGGUCGAGCUGUCUGGCUAGUCAGUCCCAAUGCAAGAACCUGGAUACCUCAACUGAAGGUGCAGAAUUCACUCGCAGUUUUCACUGCUCUCCGUGAGAGCCGCAGGCCACAGCUGCUUCUAAUAGGACAACUUGGCCCCAUCUAAAGUAUGAUUUCUUAAUACAUGAGAUGUUUUAAAUACGUAACAAUAUUUAUCACAAAUAAUAUUUUGUCUCAAUGAGAUAUAAAAAUUGCUAAUAAAUCAAUUCUUUUUUGGUUACCACAAAGCUAUCUGGAAAUGUAACAUCUGCCAUUUAGAAAAUUUUUGUAGAGUUAAUAGAACUUUACCUGAAGGGAGGCUGGCAAUAUGCAUCAUGAUUUCAAAUAUUGUAUUAAUUGUUUUGUAAUUUUGUGUUUUUUAAAACUAAACUUAUUAAAUUGGUUGUAUAUUACUUUAGGUAGCACUAUUUGGUGAUGAGAGAAUAAUAAUUUGCAAAAAUAAGAGUUCCUUAUUAUAAAAAUGUCCUCUGUUUUAUAUUACUACCACUUCCUCUGAAGGUUUAAAAUUGUAAUUUUGUAAUUAAAAUAUAUAUUCACAAA